CAUGACGUCAGAAAAAACAACAACGUCAAUUCAUUGAUGUAAGAAUUGUUUAAUUAUUCUGUAUCCGAUUUCUAUGACAACUUUAUACGAAAAGAUUAGUAGUCUGGACUAGAGCUGCUACUUGUCCCUUAACUUUUACGUAGUGGUACACAGUGGUACAAUCGGAAAACGGCGGAACCGGUCUGGAUUACCUCCCACUUGACUGCUACAUAGUGGAACACUGUUACGGGAAACAAGCAAACGUUUUUGUUGUUGUUUAUGCAACUGAUUGUGAAAUAACUACAAAGUUGUGCGUCUAAAUGGAACCAGAAAAGUACAUUUUGCUUGAUGAAUUUGGCCCUGACAGCUCGUCUAUGUCCGGGGCAUGCACACGGGAUAGGAAAAAUACAUCAACGAGAAAAAUUGCAUCGUGUAAAACCGGAAUCAACGAGCGUGCACUUGCUAGUGUAGAGGUCAGAAUUACGCCAGAAGCCGAAAUCUCUGAGGGUUCCACGUGUACUAUCAGUAAAAAUAUAUCUGAAGAUAUUGGAUUUCGUGAAGAAACUAACAAACCACUUAUCAAUGAUCAGUUCAAAGACAAAUGUUUAGCACCCGACCUAACCAGUUUAACUAUACAUUCUGAUGCUCCAUCAUUACCACCUGAGACUGGAACCUGGUCUAAGAUGGAACACGUUUCACCAGCAAACUCUAAAGAGCAAAUCUUGGACGAUCGUUCACAGGAAAAUUCCAAAGAUUUACUGUCUGGUGCGAUUAUAGUACCAUCAACAGUCCAGAAUAACGCAGCAUUUUCUCCUACAUGUCAUGCUAAAAAUACAUCAUCAGAAUCAGAAUAUAAGCAUGAAGUACAUGACAAACGUGUUGAAGUUCCUAAACCAAUGUCAAAAGACAACUUUACGACAACUGAAGUCAUUGUCACAUCGUCUGAUACUACAAAUGCACAAACUGCAGCACAGAGUAAUGAAACUUUGACGCUUCCUAUUGAUUCGACUCCUGCUACGGAUGAAAUAAAGGACUGUGAAUCUUCAGAGUCACAAAGUCUGAAUGCCAAAGUGGGGCAUGAACGUAUUUCAGUGACAGAGUCCAUUGUACUUUCAUAUGAUAACAGUAAAACCACGCGUUCAGACUCUGAUCUAGACGAAACACGCACUGCUCGAAGUAAAACCAUACGGUCGCCUAUUGAGACUGGAAUACAAUCAGAGAAUCAGUCCACAUAUAAAAAAGCUGUAGUUGGGCCAAAAAUGCAUUGCUUUCCUGAAGCUGCACACAUAGGACGAACACAAAACGUACACAGGUCAUGUGACGAACUGCUUCAAAGGUUGUAUAUGCCGACAUUUAGCGAUAUAAGUAAAUAUGGCUGGAAACCCAAGGCUGUUGUAUCCGUGCCAACGAAAUAUAAUUCAAAGCGUCGGCAAGAAUAUGCGAAAACGUCCUUGGAUAGCGAAAAACUUCACAAACUUCUUACAUUUUAUGAUAAAAAGUUGCAAACUGACGAAGAAAGUGAGACUUCUACUAUCGACCUUGUUGACAAUAUAUUGGAACAGAUAUUGGUUUAUAUAAAUAUGUCAACAGGUAACAAAUUCUCCAGUCUGGCUGAUGACGAAGGUUCUGUGACAGUCGAUGCAAAUGUUGGAAAACUUGACGAGCUAGAUUACAGUGUGGAAAUUUUACUGGAAGACAAUGACCAGAUACUGCUGUCUGAUGAACCGUUCAAUAUUGAGUAUGCCAAUGAUGAUAUCGAUGCUUAUGUCAUGGAUGAGAUCACAGAAACCGAGUUUGUUGAUGGUGGAAAGCGUCUGUUUCCAAAUGAAUCGCGUCCAGUAGAUUUAGAAACCAAUCCCGUCGAUAUACCAGAGGGUCAGGUAGCAGUAUGGCUCGGACCUAGAGAUGCUCUACGAUUUGGGAAAUCCUGUACCGCUAAACGAAUUGGUGAAUAUAUAAUAUGGGGAUGGAUUCUGCCAUAUCAGAUGCUUAACAAUUUUCACAAGGAAAUCGACGACGCUCUUCAAAAUCUAGGACUCGAAGGUGUAUCACUGAACAAUGGAGCAAGAGGUCCUGCGGUUACAUUGACAAUCCUGCAACAGGAUGGACCUAAUAUAUCUGUCGACAUAACCCCCAAACUGAACAUUACAGCGGAACAACUCAAUGUAACGGAUUUCCAUUGGCCGAGAAAAGAUACAAAAAGAUGGCUGAAAAAGUCUAAGAUAAAGAAAGUAUGUGCUCAGAUAAUAUACUUGGUACCAAAGGGAGAUAAAUAUUGGAAAAUUUCGUUUGCGAAUCUUGAAAACGAACUUCUGGAUGAUAUUGAUGACAAAGGAACAUGGCGGAAACAGUGUCUCCGAAUUAUGAAGAAGAAACUGAUUCAGUGGAAAUCCACAUCCCGUGCAGGCCUUAAAUGUAUCUCCUCCUAUCUCUUGAAGACGACACUACUUUGGCUGUGUGAAAUAUUGCCAGACGACAGUUUCUGGACCAGAGAUCAGCUGGCGAAUCGUUACCUAAACUUCCUGCAAGAGCUAGAACAUCGGCUUGAAAAGAAAAUAAUGGGAGAAUACUUUAAUCCCUCAGUUAACCUUUUGGAGUAUAAGGAUGAUGAAGAUGUCAAGGAACUGAGACAGUUUCUACUAGACGAAAUUGAAGGGUUUACAAAAUAAUGUAUACAAUGAGACAAUCGACAAAAACAGAUGAUCUGAUUAGCUAAGAAACAUUUUGAAAGUCCUAUAUUGUCACAAACAUGCAAAUUCUCUAGACAAACUAGGCGCAUGAAAUACAAAAAACACCAAUCAUUUCAAAAAAAAAAAAAAUAUAUGACGUCUUGCAUUGCAUGUACUUGAUAUGAAUUCUUUCUAGUUUUUCCAGAAAAGAGUGUGCCUGUGACUUUAGAUGCAGCCUAAGAAAGUCAUGAUAAGUAAAAAGGAGACACGUGUGUUGCAAGUGAAAAUAAAUAAUUUAAUGGAAUCG